AUGGAGUCCAAAAGAAGUAACGCAAGGCACCAAACUCAAAAUUUUUCCGAGGUAACAGAAAACUAUCAUCACAACAAAGUCAAAACUAAAAUUGAUUUUCUAUCAGCAAGACAUAAAUAUAUAUCCAGCUUAGAAACAACUACUGAUAAGAUAAAUACUUAUAGAAGUUUAUGUUCCCUCUUACAUGAACCAGAUAAGUCAGGUUUUGAUAGUUCUUUAGCGGACUUUGAAAGUGCAGCCAAGUAUUAUGAAAUGGGAGGGAAAGAGUUAAAAGCAGCAAGAGAAUUCAAAGAUGCUAUAGAUUUUUUUGAUAAGGCAAUAGAAUUGGGCAAAGAACAAGACUAUGAAAAUAAUCACCUGUCUGAUCUUUAUUAUCACAAAGCUAUUUCUCAAAAAAACGCAGGUGAACGUGAAGAAGCAUUGAGCUCGAUCGAAGAAGCUAUAAAAUGUGGAGGAGAUUAUAUAAAAUUAAAUUCCGCUAAAAAGGAAAUAUCAGGCGAGAACAAGCAAACAUCAAAGCUUUUAGAUAAUGCAAAUACAUUUGGUAAAAUUUCUACCAAAGUAAAACAAAACAAUAGUUAUCCUGAUCAUUCAGAAAAUGUGGUUGGGAAGAAUUCAGAGGGUCAAAUAGGUGAAUCAAUCCCAAUUGAAACAACAAAUCCAACAAAUAUUGAAACAGAAUCUCCAUGUCUUGGCGCAGUCAACAGCCAUAAACCUCCUGGACUCCCCAUUAAUAAUUCUAAAGCUGAAUCCGAAUUAAAUAGCGAAGAGGAAAAACAAGCUACUGUGGACAAUUAUCCUUCAAUGUCAGAGAUCGAAGUAAAUAUGGAACUAUAUGGAUAUUACGACGGCUUUAUGCAUACUUUUACCAGAGCUUACAAUUUUGCUCAAACAGUUUUACAUGACGGUGUAAAACUAAAUAAAAGCGAAAUUUUUAUUUUUGCAGAUGUUGGGCUCUGUCUAAUUUUGUUUAUUCCCAUUGUCGGUAAAAUUUUAUCACAAAUAGCUAACAUUGGUUUGAAUGCCAUUAAUAAAAAUAGAAUAAUAAAAGCUUCUGAAAACAUGUGUCGACUUGCUCCAUCAAUUGGUGAACUUGAAUCAAUGGUUAAAGAUGUUAUAAUUGAAGUAAUAAAAAACAGAGGAGAAACUAUAUUAAAUUAUAAGGAAGAUACCCACAAUAUUAGUCGGAUAAAAUUUCUAAACCAUCAUUCAAGGAAAUAUUAUCACAAAAGAUAUUCAACUGCUACACAAAAACUGGGCAAUAGCGAAGCUAGUGAAUUGCUCUCAAAAUGGAUUUUUAAUGGAAACUUUUAUGAGGGUAAAAAGUUGACACUUCCAAAAGAGAAAAAAGAUAGGCUGAUCGAAUUGGCGAUCGGUCUCACACCAAUUAUUACCAAUAAUGAUGAUAAAUUGAUUAGGUCCAAAUUACCUCAGAAAGAUUUGGAGAGGUUAAGAAGGCUGGCAAUUGAAGGUAAAUGGGAAAGAAUGUUGUUUCAAAGAGGAGUUAAAGAUUUUCUAAGCGACAGCGAGAUAAAAAAAAUGUUGGGAGAAAAUACCACAGAUGAAGAGGUUGAGAAUGCAAGGAUAAUAUUAUUUGAAGAAAUUAAUAGAAGCAUUUCAGAUAGUCGUUAUAAAAACCUUAAAUGUUUUAUAAAAUUUUCAGAAUCCUAUCCGGACUUAGUAUUAAAAAUAGCAAGGAAUUCUCCUCAACGUUUUGUCUCCGAUUAUAUAGCUAGAGUUUAUAUAGACGAGGGAAAAAUUAAUCCAAAGUAG